AUGCCUAAUGGCAUAAGCAAGCGCCAGCAGCUGCGGAACGAGAAGACUCUCGCCGAGCUUGUCCGCACCGUCCCUGGCAACGACCGCUGUGCCGAUUGCGAUGCUCUAAGUCCAGGAUGGGCAAGCUGGAAUAUGGGUCUUUUCCUGUGCAUGCGGUGCGCCACACUCCACCGCAAGCUCGGUACUCAUAUAUCCAAGGUCAAGUCCUUAUCAAUGGAUACAUGGUCGUCAGAACAGGUUGACAGCAUGAAAUCGCACGGUAACCUUCUCAUGAACAAAAUCUACAACCCCAAAAAUGUCAAGCCACCGGUCCCCAGCGAUAUUGACGAGUCUGACUCGGCCAUGGAACGUUUCAUUCGACAAAAAUACCAGUACCGAACACUGGCAGAUGGAAAGCCCAAGCCUCCGAGCCGGGAUGAUAGCUACACCAAUCGCCGCGAGGAUUCUAACCGAGACGAUGGCAACUAUAGCAGACGUUACGAAGAAUCCAGCCGAGACGAAUUCGACUUCGGCAGUCGUCGUGAUAGAUCGAGACGCAACAGAUCUCCGGACGACUCUCCCCCUCCGCUUCCACCUAAGACGGGCUCGUCGGGCUCGGGCGCGGCCAAAUUCUUUGGAUUUGGUUUAAGGGGAUCUGCCUCGACAUCAAAUCUUCGUCGGGCUAGUAAUAAACCUAAGCAAUCGUCCUAUGAUGAUGACUGGUCUCCUCCCCCACCGGUCAGGAAGACGAGUGGUUUGGGUGCACCGGUUAUUGAUGGAACAACAGCGUCGUUCGAGGCAAAGAUGGCAGCGAUGCAUGAUAUGGGUUUCACCAACGACCGGCGGAACGAGAUGGUUCUCAGGGGAUUCAAUGAGGAUUUGGAUCGGGCUGUCGAGACAAUGACGAAAUUGGGCGAAGGAAGCCAGAGCUCGUCACGCUCUCGGACUCCGGCGUCAGUCAACGGGGCAUCUAUCCGUCCCAUGGCCGCGGUUUCCAAGCCAGAGACAUCGAACAACCCAUUCGACAGGACAGUCUCGAACCCAUUUCCCCAGCAAGCUCAGUCGACGCCCUACAACCCGUUCGACCAGCCAACUCAGGCUCCGGCACCGACACAGGCGUUGGAGAACUCCUUCCAGAACCUCCAGGUCUCCCAGCCAUUGUUCCCGCAUUCGACUGGUGGAUAUCCGCAGUCAACCAUGCCACAGGCUAUGUAUCAGGCACCAUUUACCCCACCAGUCACCGCAACAUUCUCGCAGAGUGGCUAUGUUUCUUCGCCCCAGCCUUUGGACAACAGUUUCAACCCAUUUUUCCCGAACUCAGCUCAGCCACAAGCUCAAAUUCAACCAAACCCAGCACAGAACAAUCCAUUUUUUAACGCGACACAGCAGAAUCCUUCUCUGCAGCCGCAACAGCAGCAACAGCAGUCGGCCGCAUCUGUGUUCUCCCCACCUCAGCUACAGCAUGCCAAUACCAUGCCCGCUGUUUCCUCCAACUCACCAUAUGGUACUUCUCCUUUCGGAGCGACGCAAUCUUAUCAAACCCAGCCACAGCAGCAGCAGCAACAACAACAACAAGUCCAAAAUACUGGCCAAGCUUCCUACAACCCGUUCAUGCAGCAGUCAAUGGGACAGCAGCCUCCCCAGAAUCAGCAGUAUCAGCAGCAGCAGCAGCAGCUUGCUCCCCAACCUACUGGCCUUAUGAACAAGAACAGCAUUCUCAAUCUGUACAGCCUCAACUCCACCAACUCCCCCAUCUCCUCAAUUCCCGAACAGUCUCAGUCUCAGUUCCAGCCAAACAUGGGAGUUAGCCCUGUACCACCCCUCUCAAACUCUAUGAACUCCACCCCACAAUCCAUGCCCGGUUUCAGCCUACAGACUCCCCCGUCUAAUGCCUCUCGCAACCCCUUCGGCCAGGCACCAACCGGAGCUGGCUCAGGUCUAGCAGCGCAGGCAGGUAUAACAACUUUCCAAUCUCCAGGCUUGGGCAUUGGAAUGGGCACCAAUGGUGCCACUACCCCAGCCAUGGGAUCCAACGUGGGUAUGGGUAUGCCAAUUAACGCAACUGGCCCACCACAAACCAGCUCAAACUACGCCAGACCCCCUCACAUGAGUCAACCAAGUAUGGACAUCAACGGCCUCCAAUCAGGCCGUCACAGCCCAGAUGCCUUUGCUAGCCUCAGCGCUCGCUACGGCUAA